AUGACUAUCGACGACAAACCGCUGCCAGCAGACCUGGCCAAAGAGAUCGAGACCUACAAGAAGCUGUUCUGGGUGCCAACCGAGACUCUCCACAAGGUCAUCGAGUACUUCAUCGAGGAACUCGAGAGAGGUAACGCGGAUGGAACAGAUCCUACCGGUAUCCCUAUGAACCCUGCUUGGGUGUUGGAAUAUCCGAACGGUUCUGAGACCGGUGAUUACCUUGCCAUCGACUUGGGAGGAACAAACCUUCGUGUAGUCCUUGUUCACUUGCUUGGAGACCACAAGUUUUCUACCGAGCAAACUAAGUACCACAUCCCAAGCCACAUGAGAACAACCAAGAACAGAGACGAGCUGUUUGAGUUCAUUGCUCAAUGUCUGGAAGAUUUCCUCCAGUCGAAACACCCUGACGGAAUUCCAUCCGACGCUGUUUUCCCCCUGGGAUUCACUUUUUCGUACCCAGCCACGCAAAACAGCAUUUUCGAGGGUGUUCUCCAGAGAUGGACCAAAGGUUUUGAUAUUCCUAAUGUCGAGGGCCACGAUGUGGUGCCUCUUCUGAUGGAACAGGUCGAGAAGAAGGGCCUGCCUAUCAAGAUGGGUGCCCUGAUUAACGACACAAGCGGAACCCUUGUUGCCUCAAGAUACACAGACGAGCUCACAGAGAUGGGCUGUAUUUUUGGUACUGGUGUCAACGGUGCAUACUACGACCGGAUCAAGAACAUCCCUAAGCUCAAGGGAAAACUUUACGACGAUAUCGACCCAGAAUCUCCUAUGUUGAUCAACUGCGAAUACGGUUCUUUCGAUAACGCACACAAGGUUCUUCCUAGAACCAAGUUCGACAUCAGAAUUGACGAUGAGUCUCCAAGACCAGGCCAGCAGGCUUUCGAGAAAAUGACUUCCGGCUACUACCUAGGAGAGCUUCUGAGAAUGAUCAUGCUGGACACCUACAAAAAGGGACUCAUUUUCAAGAGCUACACUGAAUCUUCCGAGCAGAUCAAGAAUCUAGAAACCCCAUACUUCUUGGACACAUCUUUCCUGUCAAUCGCCGAGGCCGACGACACCCCUUCAUUGAGCGUCGUCUCGAAUGAGUUCUCCAACAAACUCUUCAUCGACACCACUUUCGAGGAGAGACUGUACGUGAGAAAGCUGUCGCAAUUUAUUGGAACCAGAGCAGCCAGACUCUCGAUUUGCGGUAUCUCUGCCGUCUGCAAAAAGAUGAACUACAAGAAGUGCCACAUUGCCGCUGACGGAUCUGUCUUCCUCAAGUACCCAUACUUCCCAGAGAGAGCAGCACAGGGCUUGAGCGACGUGUUCGGCUGGGACGGUAUUGACAUGAAGGACCACCCUAUCCAGAUCAAACAGGCCGAGGACGGAUCUGGUGUUGGUGCAGCCGUCAUUGCUGCACUUUCGCACGCCAGAAGAGAGAAAGGUCUGUCUUUGGGCUUGAAAAAAUAA